UUACGUAAGAAAAGUAGAGUUGAACAGGAAGAGGGAUUUCACCAAAGGACACACCAGAGCUCUCGCCGCACGCCUCAGGGAAAGGAUGAAAAAAAAAAUAGCUGCACAACAGCUGACCCAGAAGAUUCCGCCCCACCACUUUCACAUCCCCCUCCCGGCCCUCGCAGCCAGCCACCCCAGAACACACCGCCGGACCAGGAUCUCCACCAACCGCCCCACACACAGACAAGGCACUUGCUCCCAGACCACAAAAACCAAUAGCCAAAAGUGAAAGCCACAGACAAAAUCUCUCGGCAACAGGAAAGCGAGGAAGGGAAAGAUGCCACACCACAUAAAGCCGGCACCGUGGCUGCACACAGACCACUGCCACCACCCGCACCACCACCGAGCCCCACCAGGCUCCUGCCCAGCACAACGCGAGUCCCACCAUGGCUGUGCCUGCAAGCCCACAGCACCCACGGGGGUACGGCAUCCUGCUGCUCACGCUCCUUCUGAAAGCUCUCGCCACCACCGCCUCCGCCUGCAACCACCUUCGCCCCCAGGAUGCCACCUUCUCUCACGACAGCCUCCAGCUCCUCCGGGACAUGGCUCCCACACUACCCCAGCUGUGCCCACAGCACAACGCGUCUUGCUCCUUCAACGACACCAUCCUGGACACCAGCAACACCCGGCAAGCCGACAAAACCACCCACGACAUCCUUCAGCACCUCUUCACAAUCCUCAGCAGCCCCAGCACUCCAGCCCACUGGAACGACAGCCAACGCCAAAGCCUCCUCAACCGGAUCCACCGCUACACCCAGCACCUCGAGCAAUGCUUGGACAGCAGCGACACGCGCUCCCGGACGCGAUGGCCUCGCAACCUUCACCUCACCAUCAAAAAACACUUCAGCUGCCUCCACACCUUCCUCCAAGACAACGAUUACAGCGCCUGCGCCUGGGAACACGUCCGCCUGCAAGCUCGUGCCUGGUUCCUGCACAUCCACAACCUCACAGGCAACACGCGCACUUAGCCCCAAACGCACCUCCCACCCUUGUCCUAUUUAUCUAUUUAUUC